CUCACUUAACUGAUUUGUUAUUUUGCAGUAAAAAUUGUUGUUAGGACGCGUUGCACCUGCCCACUGACACAUGGAUACGAAGUCCAACGAUGACUCUGGUGGCAGCGACUCUCUCGAUAAAUCAAUGCAGAGAAAGUGUGUAAUGGUCGAGACAAUGAGCGUAACGCCUGAGCCCGCAGCGGAGACAGAAGACAACAGCAGCAGGGAUUCCGCUGCACUGCAAGAGCAGCCGACGUCAGGUGAACCAGGGACGGAUGCGUGCGGCGCAGGUGACAGUUCAACUGCAUGCAAAGCAACAGCAACAACAACAACAAACAGCAUCAAUAAUAACACAACAGCUGCGAGCGCUGCAUUCGAAACGAAAGUAAAACUCAUUUCGCAGAACCUCAAGGAAACAAAGCUGGUUGAAACGGAUGUGACUGAGUCAAGUACAUCGAACGAGGCUGAUGAUGAGGCCGCUACGGAGGAUCCCAAUUCCACAGACGACUGCGAUAGUCGUUUGAAGAAGGUGCGUUUUCAUCCAGACGUCAAGGAGAACGAUGGCGGCAGCAAUCGUGUGAAAAAGAAAUGGAAAUCCUCUCAGAACCACGGAGGAGAUGGUCCAAAUCUUGGCUGUGAUGGCAUGGACAUGGAUGAGGAUGAACAGCUCGAUGCUGAUGCCGAUGCUGACGAGGAAGAGGAGGUAGAAGAGGAAUUCAAUCUGGACAAAACAAUUGCCGAAGCGGAAGACUACUUAAAGCAGCAUCCGCUCACAUUUGUCAGGCGUAUCGAAGAGAAUGGAGAGCGAUUACGAGAUGGCCUGCUAAACAUCGAGGAUAUGUCAAAGAUGGUGGACGAGGAGGUCGAGGAAGAGAACAACGACAGCGAUGGAGAUUUCUAUAAAAAGUUUAAGCCAGAAAAUGGCAUCGAACGUGUCCUAGGCAAAGAGACCAAGGCGGGCAAAGUGGAAUUUCUGUUACGCUAUGAGAAUCAGGGAGGUCUGUUCUGGGAAUCGGAGGAGUACAUUCGACGUAUGUGUCCAACGCUUUUAAAGGCCUACGAGAAAAACCGUGAACGGCGUCAACAACGUCUAAUGCAUCACGUUGCUAAACGCCAGAGCCUGCGUCAGAGAUAUACGGAUUUCUAGUAAUGUAUACAGAUAGCUUUUAGGUCUUGAAUUAGGUUCCGCAAAUAAUUGUAACAUUUUUGUAAUAUGAAGUAAAUUGAUUUUCCUUUGUUGAAA